UAGUGGCAGAGCUGGGCCGUGGUCGGGUCGCCUGUGGGGUCAAAGAGCACGCAGAGCCCGCGGGAGGGCGGGGCCGCGGCCUUGGUCCUUUCGUGCAUAGGAGACAGCGCGCCAGGCUGGCAGUCGGUCAUGGCGGCAUUUGCCGCUCUUGUGCCGACGCUACUGCGCACCCUAGUGGGGACUACGGGGACGCUUCGCGCUCCAGAAGGGAGGCGGGCACCGCCCGCUCUAGCACAGCCUGGGAGCUGGACCUUGGGGCUCACCGCUCUGCCUGCCCACUAAAAGCCCAUGCGGCGGAAGUCCAGCGUUGCAUCCUUACAGCACUGAGCGCCAGACAUCGUUGCCAAGUAUAAUGCCAGCUCCGUUUUAUGCUGGGGCACUCGUAGUCAGGGUUUGUGGGCCCGCAUUUAAUAAUGGAGGGCCCCGGGCCUUGUCUGAACCGUCCAGCCAGUGUGUCCUCAGUCGUCUUGGUUGGGUUUUUGAAGGACCAACCCGAGAUUCUGGGGCACAGGGAGUCCCAAGACUUAGGGCCCUGAUGUAAGCCCCAAAUAAAAUGAUUUUGGCCCCUAGGGCCAGUUCCUAAUUUCUGAAAACAGAGCAGCACUUUUGAGGUAGAGGAAGCAUGGCCCACCUGAAUGGAAACCUCUCACCAGAGUUUUCACAGCAGCAGAGGACGAGGCUGAGAAAGAACACGACCCAGAUUUGCACGGAGAGAUGCAAUAUGUAAUGCUUGUGCUCCACAAGCCAUCCCAGCUGACUCAACGGGAGUUUUGCUCCAGCUGUCAGGAGGAGUGGCAGCAUCUGGACCCUGCCCAGAGGACCCUGUACAGAGACGUGAUGCUGGAGAACUACAGCCUCCUCCUCUGUACAGAGACGUGAUGCUGGAGAACUACAGCCUCCUCCUCUCAGUAGGGUAUUGUAUUACUAAACCAGUGGUGAUUUGCAAGUUGGAGCAUGGAGAGGUGCUGUGGAUAUUAGAGGAAGAGUUCCCAAGUCAGAGCCACCUAGACUGCUGUAUAGAUGAUGACCUGUUGGAGAAGAGACAGGAAAAUCAAGACCAGCAUUUGCAGAAAGUUGAUUUUUUCAACAACAAAACACUGACUAUGGACAGAAAUGGUGUAUUAGGAAAAACAUUUUAUCUUGACACAAACCCCAUUCUAUUAAGAAAAAUACGUGGCAACUGUGACUCAUAUGGAGUGAAUUUGAAUUAUAUUUUGGAAUUAAUUAUUAGUAAUAGAAGCUCCUUUAUAAGGAACCCUUCUGAGUGUAAUGCACAUGGGAAAGUUUUCCUUUGUAUGAAGCAUGAAAAUCCUUAUGCCAGAGGGAAACCUUUGGAAUAUGAUGGAAAUGGGAAAGCCGUCUCUCAGAAUGAGGACCUAUUUAGGCAUCAGUAUAUUCAAACUCUGAAGCAGUGUUUUGAAUACAAUCAGUGUGGGAAGGCUUUUCAUGAAGAGGCAGCCUGCAUUACCCAUAAGACAGUGUGCUCAUGGGAGACCCUGUGAAUAUAAUGAACAUGUGAGAGCCUUUCCGAUAGACCAAUAUUCAUUGUUCAUCAGAUAACUCACAUAAGGGAGAGUUCCUAUGAAUUCAAUGAAUGUGAGAGGAGGUCUGGUGAGAAGCCACCUGUAAGUAAACGCCACAGAGUUAUGGAGAUGGAACACUAUGAGUGUAAUGCAAGAGAAUAGUUUUGGCAAGAAAUCACUCCUCAUUCUAUGAAGUUACAGAGGAGAGAAAACUUUUGACUGUAAUAGAGAUUUGGAGGUAUUCUGCAAGAAGCCUUCCAAAUUUCACUCAGCAUCAAGAAACACGUAUAGGAAAGAAUGCCUAUAAAAUUAAUCAGCAUGCUAGUACAUUUUGCUGUAAGCUAAAGCUUUCUGUAUAUCAGAAAACAGAUAGAGGAGAAAAACUCUAUGAAUGUAGUGAAUGUGGGAAAACCUUCUACCGGAAGUCAUCCCUCACAGCACAUCAGAGAACACACACAGGGGAGCAACCCUAUGAGUAUAAUGAAACCUUUUACCAGAAUCCUGACUUCGCUAAACAUCAGAGAGACAACAUAGAGGAAACUCUUGUCAACAUCCUGAAGGCUCAGAAACCUUCACCUUCUUGGACUCAUUCCAUAGCAGAAACAACCCAGGUUGGGGUGAGAACACCCAAUAAAGAUGAGAAAUCUUUUGCC